AUGCCCCUCAUCAACGGGCAAAAGAUGGCCUGCGAGCCCUGCAUCCGCGGCCAUCGGUCUACAAAAUGCACACACGCCAACGAGCGGCUGAUGGUUCCCGUCCGCAAGCCGGGUCGGCCCUUGAGCUCAUGCCCGCAUCCGUCGUCUCGCCCUUGCUCGUGCGCCGCCGUCACGGCUGCCAUCCCGAGGAAGCAAAAGUGUCGUUGUGGGACGUCGGAGGCCGCGCCGGCCGACGGGAAAACCGACCAGGAUGUCGCCAACCGCGACCUCACGCCACCGAGCCCGUCCAAGGCCGCCGGCGCGGCUUUCCGCGUUCAGAAGCAGGGUUCAAGAAGCGGAUCGAGCAGAAAGCAAUCCAUCGAUAUCACGGGGCUGGAACGUAUGGACGCAAGCCAGAUCAACAUCCUAUCCGGAUACAAUGGCAUGCAACGGCCAGCGACAGGCUCCAACGGUCAAACGACGACAAUGCCAGAGGUGCCGAUGUAUGCUGGCCUGGGGCUGAGCCCUGUAGAGGGAUCAUUUAGGUCUGAUCCAGGCAUGUUUCCUGUGUUUCAGUAUCCGAUGCAGCCGCCCUUGAUGGGCCCAGCUGCCUCCAAUUCCACCCCCAACGGUCACGUUGGAGCGACUGCGGCUAGACCGGCCACCUCGAACGGAACCUCGACUAAUGGUGGUGGGUGUUGCGGCGGAGGUGCGAACGGCAUCAAGGCGGAGCCUGCGCCGCAACCGAUGGCAGCUCCAGUCUCGACUGCGAACGAGAUCGGGACCACCAAGGCCAGGAGCUGUUGCUCAGCACCUCAGGCCGCUCCGAAGACCGCCUCGCCACCUUCAUCCAUGUCUUCACCGUCACUGAACCACCCACCGCAACUCAACGGCAUCAUGAUGCAGCCGUACCAGCCUCUGAUGGCCAUGCCGAACGGCAUGUACCCAUACUUUUCUCAGCCCACGAUAUUCAACUAUCCGCCGCAGUUCGGAUCAUUCCUCCAGCCAUUACAGCCCGACCAGUGGAGACAGCUCAUGGCCACGAUGAACGUGGGGCAGCCCGUUGCAUCAAACGGCUUUCCGAUGCCUUCGCCAGGGGCUGUCCAACCCCCCAGCGUGCCGAACAGCGCGUCGUGGACAUCCCAUCAGUGCAGCUGCGGCGACUCUUGCCAGUGUAUAGGAUGCGCGGCGCACCCUUAUAACGAGGCCACGCAGGACUACGUCCGCUCAGCGUGGAACACUAUGAUGGAGGAUGGGCAGAAGAUGCACGCCCAUCAUGGUGGGCAUGUGAGCCAUGCGAACGGGCACCACGAGCGCUCGGGCAGUCGGGCCUCCAACGGAGUCGCGACACCGGUCACAACACAAGCGGACGGCACAGUCUCGCCUACGGCCCCUCAAACCCCAUCGGAUGCACCGUCGGGCGCCAGCGACGAACAGACGCUUUCAGCAAACGACUUCUUCUUCGUAUCAUACCCGUUCGGGGAGUCUUGCGCCGGCGACACCUCCAGCUGUCCGUGCGGCGACGAUUGCCAGUGCAUCGGAUGCGUAAUCCACAACAAUCCCGGCCCCGAGGAGACGAGAGAACAUCCAUCUCUGUGA